AUGUGGGGGAUGUUUCGGCUGGUGGUGUUGAUGUCGUUGUCUGCUCCUACCUCCGCUUUUUUCAUCUCCUGGUUCACAACAAUCUUUUCCGCGCCUCCCUCACGACCUACUGUUAAAUUCCCGGUCUCCUGCGGUCUCCGAGCAACAUCCAGGAUCGUCGGAGGUAGGACGUCGACGCCCCAUUCCUGGCCCUGGGUUGUAAGUCUUCGCACAGACAAACUGGAGCACUUUUGUGGGGGCGCCCUCGUCAGUUCCAGGCAUGUCGUGACGGCCGCCCACUGUGUGCUUCCCUACAUGUCCUGGUUUUCCGAGUAUAGUCUGCAAGUGGUAGUUGGGGCCACGACUCUUGUAGACGGACGAGGCAUUGGUGUUUCGUCCAUCGACAUCCACGACAUGUACCAAUACUACAUGAUAAAUGACAUUGACUUGGCCGUCGUGACUCUAAGUACUGACGUCUUUGAUGUAUAUACGUCUCCUGUGUGUCUCCCAAUGAAUGAAAACCAAGCUGUGAAUGGUUCGGCCACUGUGUUGGGCUGGGGUUUCCUUGCAGAAGACAUUCCCUUGGGCGCUGCUUUUUUACAAGAAGUUGACAUCGAUAUUCUGCCGCCUGACGCCUGUAAGGUGUACGGGAGGAAAUUCACUGACAAUAUGCUGUGUGUCGGGGCUUACGGUCGCGACGCUUGCACGGGUGACUCAGGAGGACCUUUAUUGCAGGAGGUGGACGGCGUUUGGACGCUCAUAGGAUUGGUGAGCUUCGGUCGAGGGUGUGGUAGACUUGGAUACCCAGGUGUCUACACUAAUGUGGCCAUGUUCAAGGAAUGGAUCAUAUCGAUAAUCCAGAAGUAAACGUAUGAUAUCUGUUCGUCACAGACACUCAAAUCCUCGUACAGUCUAUCAACGUUUCUGUAAUCUGACUCAGUUACAAAAUAUAAUAAAAAUGUCAAAACUAAAUCUGUACCAUAAACAGUCGUCUUCUCUCGCCCAAUUACAAAGAAAAACAAAAGUUGUGUUCCUUCCU